AUGUCGCGCAUGCUAGCCGGUGGCGGCGGUACCACCGGCUUCAACAAUGACAUCUUCAGCAUGCGUGAAACGUUUCAGAGGGUUGCAGUCGACCCUGAUGUCAGCAUUGGAGGAUUGUGGACACACGACGUCUUCGACACACAAUUCACUUCCUCUACCGAAACUAAGCGCAAAGUCUCUGGCUUAGGUGAAUCUAAAUACAAGUCCGGCAUCAAAUCGUCUCGUACGGAUCCAUACAACCCAUUCUUCAUCCCACACUCCGUCCUCUUCAAUCCCAACGACAACAGCCAAAACAACCGGGCCACCGUCAAAGUGAUCACCGGCAGUGAGACAAAAGUGACACCCUUGCAAUCGCAAUGGGAGGAGACUCCAAUCCUCACUCUUCCUGUCGAGCUCCUCACAAAGAUCUUCCAGCAAGUGAAGGUCCCGUACUUCCAGGUAUGCCUAGCCCUGACAUGUAAGACCAUGGGACAAGUGGCGAGCAAACCAGGUGUAAUGUCACCCUGGCGGGGCUACCGGGACAAAGACGGACUUUUCAGAUUACUGGAACGGAAAGCGUGGAUACCGCGCACUCUACGUCUCUGUCGAGCAUGUUUCGUUCACGUCCCGUGCGAUCAGAAAUACUGGGAGGCCAAGAUCGCUCAGUCCAUAGAAUUUGACAGACGUGAUCUGAACUGGCUCGAUAUUUUCAACUUCCUCGACAGGUGUAAUACAUCUGGGCAUCGCUGCCCAUGGUGUGCCGUUAGACGCUACAUCUCCUUCCCUAGUGAGACGGCUUACAAGGAUGAAAUACGAAAGGCAGCGGAUGAUAUCCAAGAGUGGGGAACGGUUUGCCCCAAUGUCUGUCGGAGAAUUGACCAACCUUGA